CCUCUCAAAUAACAAGUUGACUGGCAUGUUACCUAAAAGCAUUGGUUUGCUAUCAGAGUUGGAGGAUCUUUACUUGGAUGGGAAUUCUUUGGAGGGUGACCUCACUGAAUCCCAUCUUUCUAAUUUUUCCAAAUUAAAAUACUUGUACUUAUCAGGAAACUCGUUGUCUCUGAAAUUUGUCCCGAGUUGGGUUCCUCCAUUCCAAUUAGAAUCAUUGGGAAUCAGUUCUUGCAAGUUGGGCCCCACUUUUCCUAGUUGGCUCAAGACUCAAAGAUCUUUGUAUGAGCUUGAUAUUUCUGAUAAUGGGAUUAAUGACUCUGUACCAGACUUGUUUUGGAAUAACUUGCAAUAUAUGAUAUUCAUAAAUAUGUCUCACAAUUAUCUCAUUGGUUCAAUUCCUAAUAUAUCGUUGAAGAUUCCUCUGAGACCGUCUAUACUUCUGAAUUCAAAUCAGUUUGAGGGUAAAAUUCCGUCAUUUUUACUACAAGCUUCCAAGCUGAUGCUCUCUGAAAAUAAUUUUUCAGAUUUGUUUUCAUUCUUAUGUGACCAAAGCACAGCUUCAAAUUUGGGCACUUUAGAUGUAUCACACAAUCAAAUAAAGGGGCAACUGCCAGAUUGUUGGAAAUCAGUAAAGCAAUUAGUGUUUCUUGAUUUAAGCAGCAAUAAAUUGUCAGGGAAGAUUCCUAUGUCCAUGGGCGCCCUUGUUAAUAUGGAAGCCUUGCUUUUACGAAACAAUGGUUUAAUGGGUGAGUUACCUUCUUCUUUGAAGAAUUGUAGCAGUUUAUUUAUGCUGGACCUGAGUGAAAAUAUGUUGUCGGGUCAAAUACCUUCAUGGAUUGGAGAAAGUAUGCAUCAAUUGAUAAUCUUGAACAUGCGAGGAAAUCAACUGUCUGGAAAUCUACCCAUUCAUCUCUGCUGUUUGAAGCGUAUUCAAUUGUUGGAUCUUUCAAGGAAUAACUUGUCAAGAGGAAUUCCAACUUGCUUAAUGAAUUUGACUGCAAUGUCUGAACAGACCAUCAACACAAGUGACAUUAUAUCUCGUAUAUAUUCGAUUAAUAAGACUUUAUAUGAAAUUUAUGGUCUUUAUGUUACAGUUGACAUAACAUGGAUGUGGAAAGGUGUGGAGCGGCGGUUCAAUAAUCCAGAGUUAAAGCUCAAAAGCAUUGAUCUUUCUAGUAACUAUUUAAUGGGUGAAAUACCAAAAGAGGUCGGAUAUUUGCUUGGGUUAGGUUCUUUGAAUCUAUCAAGAAACAAUUUGAGUGGAGAAAUUCCUUCUCAGAUUGGGAAUUUAAGUUCACUAGAAUCACUUGACUUGUCAAGAAAUCACAUCUCUGGGAAAAUUCCUCCUUCUCUUUCUGAAAUUGAUUUUUUGGGAAAAUUAGACUUGUCACACAACUCUCUUUUUGGAAGAAUCCCAUCAGGAAGACAUUUUCAAACCUUUGAAGCCUCUAGUUUUGAAGGAAACAUUGAUCUUUGUGGCAAACAACUUAACAAAACUUGUCCUGGGGAUGGAGAUCAGACAACAGAAGAGCAUCAAGAACCACCAGUCAAUGGUGAUGAUUCAGUUUUCUAUGAGGGAUUAUACAUGAGCUUGGGGAUUGGAUACUUCACUGGAUUUUGGGGCUUAUUAGGGUCAUUACUACUGUGGCGUCCUUGGAGAAUUGUUUACAUCAGGAUUCUGAACAGAUUAACAGUAUAUGUAUGCUUAUGGUGAAUGUUGGAAGUGUUAGCUCCAAGGCAAAAAGAUGUGCUGCACGCUUCUGAACAGAGAAGAAAGCAUUGUUGGCUGCUACAAGUGCGAGAUAUUUCUUUAGUAUAGGAGUUUACAAUGUUUUCUAUUUAAGUAAUGAACUGGAAAGUCUUGUUUCCAGAAACUUAGUAUGCUAUUGUAUUUCAUUGUAUAAUAUAUUUGUAAUGCUGUUUAUUUUUCAUUA